GGCUCCCCUCACUCCGCCCCUGGCCUCCUUGGGCGUCGCGUCGCACCCCCGCGCUCCUGCCGCCCCUCAACCUUUCUUGGGUUUGAAAGUUUGCUCUUUGAGGGGAGAAUCUACGGCGCGGCGAGGGAGGCUGUUGUGGAAAGUGAGCAACGAGUUGGAUCAGGAUGGCGGGACGUCGCGGCACAUCGCUGGUGCUGAUGCUCACCUGCCUCGCUGCCUCCACUGCAGGCGUGGACAACGACGUGCAGAAGGUGGAUCUCCCUGAGGUGGUCAAGGAUCCUCUGGGGCCCCGGAUGGAGGUUCUCUCCCAGAGCGGGCCCCGCGAAAUGCGAGCUGCCACCUUCCCCGGCUUCCCGUCGGGCUGCCUCUCCUGCACCACGGGCGGACUCGGUGGCUCCACCUACGGCAGCAGCUACAGCUUGGACGCCGGUUUCCCCAGACCUGGCUUGCUCAGGCCUGUCUCUGAGUCUCAGGGUAAUUCUUACAAACAUGAAGUUCGAAGCGAAUCAAAAAUUGUCAACGGCCAGCCUGUGUACGACCUGUACCAUGAGCGACGCUUCGAGGACGGAAAUCUUGUCCACGAGGAAAGGAAAGAAAAGGGCGCGAAGGACGUUGACGCAUCCCUCAGCCUCGGCCAGGCCCAGGGCUACCCGGAUGGGCCUGGGUAUUCGAGGCACUUGCAUGAAACGCACCUGCAGAGCAGCAGCGUCGGUUCCUCUGACUACGGUUCUGCAGGGACGCUCUCGGCUCACGGGGGCGUAUCGCCUGAUUACAACUCCGACUUGUCCAGUCUGUCCGAGAGGUUGCGUCAGCAGAUGCUCUUGCUGAAGAAUCGCAAGGGCCACGAAAACCUGGGAGGAAGUCACCAUGCCGUCUAUUCCCAAACACGCUACGUCAACGGCCAGCCAGUCUACGUGAAGAAGGAGGAGCGGAAGUACGAGGACGGCCAGCUGGUCUACAACCGAACGGACGAGAAGGGACCCGACGACCUGGGCACCCAGCACGUCGCUCAGCAGUACGACACGUCGGGGUCCCCAGUCGGACCCGGCGGCGGUUACUACGAGCGGCGGGAGGAGCAGCGCCACUUCUCAUCCAGCAGCCAGGGCAGCCAUGCGCUCCACCCGGGGACCUUCCCCGGUCGCGCCCCCGCCCGGGAGGAAUCCCUAUACCACAGGCAGGACUCAGCUUAUCCCUCGUACAGGCCAGGAUAUAACUCAGGCUCCACAGGUUCCUCUACCCAGUACACACACGAGUCAAGGGAAGAAACUUCCUCAGGAUACAGGCCAACAUCAGGAAGUUCUACCCAGUACACGCAAGAAUCCAGGGAAGAAACCUCCUCAGGCUACAGGCCAUACAGGCCAACUUCAGGAGGUUCCUCUACCCAGUACACACAAGACUCCAGAGAAGAAACUUCCUCAGGAUACAGGCCAUACAGGCCAACUUCAGGAAGUUCCUCUACCCAGUACACGCAAGAGACAAGAGAAGAAUCUUCCUCAGGCUACAGGCCAUACAGGCCAACUUCAGGAGGUUCCUCUACCCAGUACACGCAAGAGACAAGAGAAGAAUCUUCCUCAGGCUACAGGCCAUACAGGCCAACUUCAGGAGGCUCCUCUACCCAGUACACACAAGACUCCAGAGAAGAAACUUCCUCAGGAUACAGGCCAUACAGGCCAACUUCAGGAGGUUCCUCUACCCAGUACACACAAGACUCCAGAGAAGAAACUUCCUCAGGAUACAGGCCAUACAGGCCAACUUCAGGAGGUUCCUCUACCCAGUACACACAAGACUCCAGAGAAGAAACUUCCUCAGGAUACAGGCCAACUUCAGGAAGUUCCUCUACCCAGUACACGCAAGAAUCUAGAGAAGAAACUUCCUCAGGAUACAGGCCAUACAGGCCAACUUCAGGAAGUUCCUCUACCCAGUACACGCAAGAAUCUAGAGAAGAAACUUCCUCAGGAUACAGGCCAUACAGGCCAACUUCAGGAAGUUCCUCUACCCAGUACACGCAAGAGACAAGAGAAGAAUCUUCCUCAGGAUACAGGCCAUACAGGCCAACUUCAGGAAGUUCUACCCAAUACACACAAGAUACAAGAGAGGAAUCGUCACCAAGGCAUACUCCAGACAGAGCGACUUCCUCCUCCUCAUCCACUCAAUAUACACUUGAAUCACAGUCCUCACACAGACCUCAAACAGACAGAUGGACACACACGCAACAAACGGAUGAAGAAUUGCACUCGUCGUACAGGCCAGCUAGCCGGCCAUCGACCAGCUCCACUCACUCAAGGCAGGAUACUUCUACAUCCACUCAGUACACUCAAGAAAGUACCGAGGGGCCCACUUACCCCAGCCGACCCUCGUACAGGCCGUCAGGGUCCACAUCUCACGAGAGAGAAGAAUCUUAUGAGUCUAGUUGGCAGCAGCAGAGAAGAAAUCACACCUACACCCCUUCGUCUGGUGAUUUUCACACAACCGUUGUCCAGCAGAACACAAGGCAACCGGAGACCACCACGCAGGGCGCACUAGAUUCCUCUCGCAGAGACGGUUCUUCCGAUAUUUAUAGUCAGACUUAUGAGCAGUCCAGCUCUACUGAUUCAACCAACCACGAUCAGUAUAGUAGGGGAUACAACACAGAAUAUGAUCAGCGCCAGCAGGGAGUUACUUCACAUUACUCUCAAGAGGCAUCAGCUGAAAGGCGUCUAACCACAGAUGAAGGCAGAGAUACAGUAGGUAUCCCUGGGGUAUUAAGCGGACCACAUUCACAGUAUGGCAAUGAUGAAAAGCAUAACAAGGAAAGGUACGACAUCAGUCCCUUGGAAGACAAUGGACCUGAACUACCUUCUGUUGACAAUGAAAUUGAUUCCUCUUAUGUACCUACCCUGGCCCCGGUUGACAGUGAAAUAGACAGCAGUGUUUAUUCUGGAAGGGGACAAGAGUCAGCUAUCCAUACUGACAGGCGAUACCACAGCUCUCGCCAGGACACUUCUCGAACCGAUACACACAGCCAGGGACGUCCUACUCAUGGCUACAGUGACUCUUCAUACCAUUACCGGCACAACCGCACCACUACACAGGGAGCUAUAAACAGUGUCCCAGUAUCCACUCCCGCACAAGUACCAGGUGCAGAUGAUGCCUCUUCAUACGGCUACCCUAGUGUUGAAGGUACCAGCCGCCACCACUACAAUGAGUCGUGGAGAACCUCAAUCAGUGCUGACAGCCAGCCCCAGCCGGCUUAUGGAUCUACUAGCAGUUCCUCAAGUUCAUCCCAAGUCAGAAAUUGCGGACAAUUCAGCUGUAUAGUAGUAGGAGAUGGACAGCUAUCUUCCUCCAGGCAAACACAAACCCGUGUCAGCACCCGAUAUGUCAAUGGGGAAUUGGUUGGAAUAACACACCAUAUCCGUCAGUACGAGGAUGGAAAACUGGUUCACGAAAACAGAACAGAACAAUCGGUUGAUGACCUCUCUGAAGAAGACCUGCGCAGAUAUGGAAUCGAUCAGCUCCACUUAGUACAGGGAAGUUACCAGCCAGAAAGCUACUCUCAGCGCCACGAGGUCCGACAAGAGAAGAAGUAUGUCAAUGGUGAACAAACAUACGACCUUCAUCAUGAGAGACGCUUUGAGGACGGAUCCUUAGUUUACGAAAACCGAACUGAAAAGGAUGCCGAUGAAUUAGGCGCUUCAAGUCCGGGAGGGUAUGAGGGUUCCUACUCCCAGACCCACCAGGAGGGGGGCGCCAGACACGAGGUAACACAGUCGCAGCAUCUGCAGCAGCAUGUCACUUCCGGUGCUGUGGGAGACAUUACUGCUGGACAUGCCGCAGAGACGCAACAGGUGACAGACACUGCCCAUGUGGCAGUUGUUCCAGUUUACACAAGUCGCAGGUACGAAACUCGCCGCCAGCAGGAAUUCGUUGACGGUCAACCGACGUAUGACUUGCACCAUGAGCGUCACUUUAACAACGGAUCCCUUGUCUACGAAAACAAGACAGAGCUGAAUGAGGGCGAGCUGCGCACCUCCCAUUCCUCGGGCCAUCAGGACGCUCUGCACCAGAUCCUGUCUGGCAACACUCUCAGCACUGCAUAUGACAGGUCCUCCUCUGCCACGGCACAUGGCUCAUAUGGCAGCGGUCUCGAGGCUUCGCGAAGCUCCUACGGCGAGUCGGCUGCCUCACAGUCUGCUGGAUCCUACAGUGGGUCGUCAGCUUCUUAUCAUGGCUCAGAAUCCUCGCGGCAGACUGGGCUGUAUGGAGAGUCAGCGUCGUCGCAGAUUGGUGGAUCCUACAGUGGAUCAUCGUCCCAAGGCAGUGGAUCGUAUGGUGGGACGGGAGUAUCCUACAGUUCCUCAUCCUCUAGUGAGACUCACGAAUCCUCCGCCAGCGGUUUUCCAGUAGGACACACUGCCGGCUCCUCAAGGGCCACCACAUCCGUUCUUGGAGCAGGUUCCUACAGCAGUUCAUCUCAGCAGGAAUCCUCUGGAGGCUGCCUCUCUUGCAUGUUGGUUGGAAGUUCAGGAUUCUCUGGCCAAGGAUCUUUGGGCGUGUCCGGAGGUGCAGGAGCAGAUGGCUACAGUCAUCGGCAGGAGAUGAACAUGGAGGAGCAUUACGAGGACGGCCAGCUGGUUCACGGGCAGGAGGAAAGCCGCGUAUUCGAGAACGGACAGCUGGUGCACGAAAGCCAGAGACAGUAUGCUGAUGCCCCAAGCCAGUCGUUCCGAGCUUCGGCACUUCAGUCUUCGGAAGCUUCCUCCGGCGAGGCUGCUUCGUGCGAAAAGAGCUACUGCCAGAACGGGGGAACCUGCAUCCCCGGCUUCAUGGGGCCCUUGUGUACCUGUCCCUUCGGAUUCAAGGGAAAAGACUGCAGCGAGCCGUACUGCCCCAAACGGUUCUGCCGAUACGGAGGGUCGUGCCGAGUGGACGGCGCGAGACACGUCUGCGCGUGCGCGGAGGGCUACUCGGGCUACCGCUGCCAGACCCGGACCUACAGACACGCCCGCAGACACGCUUCCAAGCCGUAGGGCGCAGUUUCUCUCUCGGCGUAGAAUUUUGUCUCCAACGGACACACACUAAAUCAUAAAUGUCCUAGGAUUUGGACCAUGCAUGUCCUGAUUUUAGUUGCAAAGGGACCUGAAAUAUUUGGUGUCGGUUAGCAUUGUAGGCAGACAUUUUUAGCGGCGUUUCUUUCACAUAGAACUUCCAAGACAUUUACAUAUCUCAUGGUGUGAUUAUUGUUACAGUAUUUAAUUAAACUUAUUGUGCUUUAAGUUAAAGGCAUUGAUGCUCAUAUCAGCUUGACAAUGAUUUCUAAAGUAAACCUGUUGUCCAUACUUAUUUAGAGUCAGUGUAUGUCUGUGAAUAUUUUCUUCGCUCUCAAUGCGUAUUCAGUUUUUGUUGAUAUGAAAUGGUGCCUUACUAGCUACAUGCUAUGUAUUUAUUAAAAUAGUUGUUUUCAUUACCAUUUGGCUGUCAUCGUUUGCAUCAGAGCCAUGUAGGCAGAGGUAGAUAGCUAAGUCUGUGGUCCGCAGGCGAAUCCUAGGUUGUGUAAGAAAGUCUACCAGUGCUAUACCAUUCACCAGCGGGGCUUUAAUGGGUCAGAUUGACUAACGAAGUUCAGCAGAAAAGCAUACACUUUGUGUCGCGUAUUCUCAAUAUUCAACUAUUUAUUUUUAAUGAUAUCAUGCAUCUAGACCUCUAGAUUAGAAUUUGACGUAUUACUGAAAUAAGGUGCAAAAUGUUACGUUUGAAUAAAACUAUUGUUACCUGAA